AAGAGACAGAGAGAGAGGAUCAGGGUCAGAUGAAUUCCAGCCUGAGUGACGAAAGGCAGUGUGUGCAAAUGAGGAGGGGAGCGUGCAUGCAUGUGCGUGAGCGUGGACGAAUCAGAGCGGGUUAGAGACAGAGAGUGAGGGGUGGAUCGUGUGAGAGAAAGAAGAGGAGGAAAUCCAGGCAGCAGGAGGAAAGGGGGCAUAAAGGGAGGAAGGAAAAAGGGGGGCAGGAGGAAGAAAGAAGACAAGACAAGGGGACCCAGACUGAGAGGGAAGAUGGCUGAGCCGGAGCUGAAAUCACGGAGCAGUUGUGAGCGUGUGUCCAAGGCGGCGAGCCAGGAGAAGAUAGGUGCAGCCGAUGCAGACCCAGACCCAGAUGGUCUCAUCGAGGAGCGGCCAGCAUCUCCAUCUGCCUCCCUGGUCCCUGCUCCAACGGCCGCGAGCCCCACCGACGUCGCCCCUGCCAAAGGGGAGAAGAUCGAGCUCAAACGCAGCAUCACCCUCUUCAACGGCGUGGGGAUGAUCAUAGGCACCAUCAUCGGCUCGGGCAUCUUCGUCGCCCCGUCAGGGGUGGUGAAAGAGACGGGCUCGGCCGGGCUCUCCCUCAUCGUCUGGUCAGCCUGCGGAGUGAUCUCGACCAUGGGCGCCCUGUGCUACGCCGAGCUGGGCACAACCAUCACCAAGUCAGGGGGGGACUACACUUACAUCUUGGAGGUGUACGGCGAGCUGGCGGCCUUCCUGAAGCUCUGGGUGGAGAUGCUCAUCAUUCGGCCGUCGUCGCAGUACGUGGUGUCGCUGGUGUUCGCUACGUAUCUUCUGAAACCUCUCUACCCAGACUGCCCUGUGCCCGAAAGUGCUGCCAAGCUCAUUGCCUGCCUGUGUCUCACGUCCCUGACAUUCGUAAACUGCAUCAGUGUCAGAGCAGCCACCAAAGUGCAGGACUUGUUCACGGCCUCCAAGUUGGUGGCUCUGAUCAUCAUCAUCCUCUUUGGCUUCAUUCAGAUCUCCACAGGUGACGUGCCGUACCUUAUGCCAGAGAAGGCAUUUGAAGGCAGCAAAAUGGGGGUCGACAACAUUGUCUUGGCCUUAUACAGCGGCCUCUUUGCUUUUGGAGGCUGGAACUACCUGAAUUACGUAACCGGGGAGAUGAUCAAUCCAGAGAGGAACCUGCCUUUGGCUAUCAUCAUCUCCAUGCCCAUAGUGACUGUGGUGUAUGUUCUGACCAACCUGGCCUACUUCACCACCAUCUCUCCUGAAGUUAUGGUCGAGUCCGAGGCUGUUGCCGUGAGUUUCGGGGAGUACCAUCUCGGCGUGAUGUCCUGGCUGAUUCCUGUCUUUGUGGGACUGUCCUGCUUUGGAGCCGUCAACGGAUCCCUCUUCACCUCAGCACGCUUGUUCUAUGCUGGCGCUCGAGAGGGUCAACUCCCCGCAGCUCUGGGACUGGUCCACUCAGACCUUUUCACUCCAGUGCCGUCCCUCAUCUUCACAUGUUUGCUGUCCAUGAUGUACGCCAUCUCCCAGGACAUCUUCUCUGUCAUCAACCUCUUCAGCUUCUUCACCUGGCUCUGUGUUGGUAUGGCCAUCGCAGGUUUGAUCUGGCUGCGCUUUACCAAGCCCGACCUCAGGAGGCCCAUUAAGGUGUAUCUGUUCAUCCCUGUGACUUUCGUUCUGGGCUGUGUCUUCAUGAUCAUCGUGUCGUUCUGGGCGGCUCCCUUCGAGUGCCUGGUCGGCAGCGGCAUCAUUCUCACAGGUAUCCCAGCGUAUCUACUGGGCUUCAAGUGGAAGAAACCCCAUGUGGUCAAGAAGAUGCUGGAAAUCUUCACCACGUCCUGUCAGAAGAUCUUAAUGUCUGUUCCCGAGGAGAGGGAGAAACACGAGGCGGUGGAGUGACGCCACACACACCGAACAAGAUGAAGGGCCGACGCAAUCACAUUUUUGUCUGAACAUUCUCAAAGUGUUUACGCUCAUUCAUGCGUGAUUCAGCUACAGCAGUUUAUAUUUUUAAACCUUUAUUUAACCAGCCAGGUAGUUGGUAUAUUAAGGAGGAGCCUGGCCAUCUUGGUUAAAGAGUUUUUAUUUAUGUAUGCUCUUGUGUACAAAGUAAGUGGACAUUUGUUUCUGAAAACAACAAUGUCAACAAAGUCUAAUCUUGUAGUCGGGAUUUGAAAUUCAGACAUUUUACCAGAUUUUUGUUCAAAAUCUGUUUCACAGUUACAUCUCCUGUUAAUGCUGGAACAUGCCUUUAUGUUGCACGUUUGUUAGAGAGUUACUGUCGCAGGCACAUACUGAAAUUGAGUGCUCCAGAAACUCUAAAAGUGGCCUCAAACAACAAGUUCGCCAUAGACUACAUGUUCAAAUGAGAAUUUGUUUUAUACUUUCUUUACAUUUACUAAACACUAACAACGAGAACCACACAUUGUUUAUUAUAUUUUAGAGUUUUAGGGAAUAUUAAGCUGUGAGUCAAAGUUGAAAAGACCUCGUAUGAGAAACAAUUAGUGUACAGAGUAUAAAUCAACAAGGUCAGGUUUGAAAGAAGAAGUGGUUAAUUAACGACAGCAAAUCUGAUUAGAUGUUACACAAAAGCUACUAAUAUUCAUUUAAAAUAAAUAUUGAUUUCUAUAUUUGUAUUUUUUUGUAUUGAUUUGUAAACUGAGUCCACAGCACUAAAGCACAAAAAAAGACAAAGCUGUGUAUGUAAUGUUUCCUUAAGAUGUGUUGCUGUGAAACAGGUCUGUUUCUCGUACCGUUUUAUUUUCGGUGUCAGCGCUCCAUGUGAUGAUAUUUGAUGGAUAUCUGAGGAUCUGUAUAGAUGUUAUGUUAGCAGCUGUAUUUAGGAAACUUCAUUGUAGUGUUUUGUAUCUUUUAUCCUUGAUCUGUGCCAGCCGUGGUGGUGCUCAUGUUGCCUUUUAUUUUUGUCUUAUUGUCAAUGUAAGACCAAAAUGAAUGUUGAAAAUUAAGUUUUUUUAUUGGGAAGUUGCCUAUAAAGUCCUGCUUUUAAAGUGAAUAUCUUUUUCCAAAGUUAUUACAAGCACUUUCCCAGUCCGCUCAUGACCCCAGAGGAAAUGAAGCCUCUGAGGAAUAUGAAGGAGGAUGAAAAAAAAGCUUUCUGGGCUUUGUGCAGAAUAGAACGACAGUCCCCUCAAAUGUCAACGUUUUAUUCGGCCCGUCAGCCUCUGCUGAGCAUUUCACUGAGUGCUGACGGUCAACGGUUUGCAAGAUAGUGUGAAAUCAACUGGAUGCAGAUUGGUUGAGGACAAAUUAACAGAAAGUGACUUUGAAACAGAAACAACGAGGGAAACGCUGCCAGUUAAAUACGUCCAACAUGUUUAUCCUCUUAGUAACAUCCUCUUUAAACAACUGCAGAUGAAAUGUCUUUAUUAUUUGAGAAGCUCUCUUCAACCAUCAUUAUGUUUGUUAAUGGAAAGUGGACCAAGGCAUCAAGUUCAAUCAAUUACAUUUUAAAAACACCAUCAUGAAAAUCUAUUUACAUGUAAAGAGAGAGAGGGAAGGACAUCCCAAAUGCAGAAUCCCCCCAGUACUGGGGGAUUUAAAGAACAAUGUAAAGAAAAGUUAGGGUUAGUUUUUUUUUCACAUUCAGCAUCUUAAGGAUUUAAAAAAUCUUUGUGACAGGUAUUUGUGAGCAUAUCAACAAACAGCCCGGUGCUUAAAGGAAGAUAAGUGCCCUUUAUCAAAGAGAUCCGAUGAAAUGAAACCAGGCAGGACAUGAUUCCCAAUGACUGUGAUUAUGAAUAUGCACAGUUUCUGUUGGAAUCAACAUAUAUUUAUGUGAUGCACGGAAUACUGGAUGUGUAUACAAGGUGUUAUGACUUGAUAAUGCCUUUAAUGAUGUUUGCCUAAAACAAUGAAAUGUUAUGGAUGGGAAAAAACUCUAAUAGCAUAUUUGUAAUCUUUAAAUUUGGAAGUACCGAUGUGAGUUAUUGUAGCUGUUGCAUGUCAGUGACCAUGGCAGGUACAUGUAAUAAUAAACAUAUUUUUGUUCAA